CUCACAAGUUUUUCGCCGCGAACCAUGAAACAACACGAUUGUGUCGAGUUUGUUUUCUGAAUUCAGAAAAGUCCGUUGUUAAUGUUUUCCGCAAAAAACCAAAAUAUCCACUGAUAUUUUCGUCGCUCACUGUUCGCUGUGAAGAUUUCGUUCGAGUUUCCCCAGAAGGCAGGAAAUUGCAUCAACGUCGGCAACAAGUGCAAAAGUGAUUCUAUAUAAAUGCACAAGUUUUGUUUUGUUUUGCAUUUGUUAACAUAAAUUAAAAGGCAGUGCGCGCCUGCCAUUUAUCGUUUGAAUUUUUUGCGCAAUUUCAAUUUUACUUUUUUCGCAUUCCUUUGCGCGUUGCGCUUGUUCGACGCCGUCGGUCGUCUUGCUGGCCCGCUGUCGACGUAGACGCGAACUGCGGACUGCGCAGCCGUCGAUGCCGUUGCGUCGCGAAAUGUGCAACAACAAAAAUACAAAUACAAAUGCAACAAAUCUACAAUUGAGGCCUUAAUUUAAUUAGGCGAGAAAAGUGUAGUGAAAAAGUGCUGUUUUACACCCGUACUUCACUGGAAAAUUGGAAUAUAAUACACUCACGCGGCUAGACGCCAGAAAAAGAUAGACGUCGGAGCUGCACCACACACACACAAAACCAAGAAACACCACAACGGAGUCACACUGGAGUCACAACAGUACAGUAAACUCUCCCAAAGCACUGAGACUAGGAGGAGAGGCCUCCUCCAGAAAUAAUCCUCCCCCUUCCCCGGAAUCCCUGGAAAACACCUCACGACACAGUUGCUGUACAGCAUGUCACAUGACAAGAAGAUGUUGGAUCGCGAGGCAGUUCGUUCAGUCAUACAGCAGUGGAAUGCGAAUCGCUUGGAUCUGUUUGCGCUCUCCGAGCCAGAUGAGAACCUGCUCUUCCAUGGCGUUAUGCGGUUUUACUUUCAAGAUGCCGGCCAGAAAGUGGCCACCAAAUGCAUACGCGUGGCCUCCGAUGCCACCGUCACAGAUGUCAUAGACACCCUGAUUGAGAAGUUCCGUCCCGAUAUGCGAAUGCUAUCCGUGCCCAAUUACGCCCUGUACGAGGUGCAUGCCAAUGGAGAGGAGAGGCGCCUCAAUGCCGAUGAGAAGCCCCUUCUGGUGCAACUCAAUUGGCACAUAGACGACCGGGAGGGUCGCUUCCUGCUCAAGAACAUUGACCAGAAGACCACACCCAUCGAACAAACAGAUCUGAACUUCAAGAGGAAGCUCUCUAAACGGGAAAAGAAGGAGCAGAAAAAGAAGGAAAAGAUGGCCAAACUCAGCUCCGAUCCACCCACUGCAAAUGGCAGCCAGCUGGGGCUGGGCAACGGCAUUGGAUCGGGCUCCAACUCCUCCCACAUGAAUGGCAAUGCGGGUGGCAGUGGGCCCGAUGGCAGCGAUGCUGUGGCCGGGAAACUCUACACGGAACUGCCGGAAACGUCGUUCACGCGAUCGAUCUCAAAUCCGGAGGCCGUAAUGCGGCGAAGGCGACAGCAGAAACUGGAGAAAAAACUCCAGCAAUUCCGAUCCAGAGACGGAGGACCCGACACGGGAGGCACACUGAAAAUCUACGGCGAGAGCCUGUGCCAGGAUGUGCCCUACAAGACGCUGCUGCUGUCCAUUCGCGACUGCGCCCAGGCGGUUGUCAGGGAAAUGCUCACCAAAUACGGACUGGAAAAGGCGGAUCCACUGCAUUAUUGUUUGGUUCAGGUCAACAGCGAUGGAACUGAGUACAUACUCGACGACGAUGAGUGCCCCCUAUCGAUACUAAUGAAUCAUCCAACGUCGCGAGGUUCCAUCAUGUUCCAUGUGCGUCGGCGACCGGCAGACUCCCAGCCGCGAAGGCGCAAGAAAAAGCCGCUCGGUGCCGCCAAUGGAGCCUCGCAUAUGUCCGGAGAUCGGGAGGGACCCGUCCUGGUGGAGGUGACGCACAGCGGCGAUGGCGGGCGGCGCAUCAAGCUGGGCAGCGAUCCCGUGGAGGUGGGCUCCGCGAACACCAAUUGCCUGCAGCUCUUCGGACCCUCCAUACAGCCGAGGCACUGCCUCAUCUCGCUGCAUGAGGGCGUCUGCACGGUCACACCGCUGCACACGGACGCUCUGACCUUCGUGAAUGGCCACCACAUCAGUCAGCCGACCAUUUUGCAUAACGGUUCGGUUGUGAUGUUUGGACGCGUGGCCUCGUACCGCUUCCUCGACUCCCCCACGGAUGGACGCUACAAUCUGGCCCUCUCCCAAUCCCAGUUGGAUUCGGCCUGUCUCUACGAAAGUCGGUCACCCACUUCGCCAGGAUCUUGGAAUGAUGAGGACGGUGCCUUGAGUUCGACUCACAAAAGCGAAUACGAUCAGCAUCAGCAAUCGAAUCAAUCGAGUGGAUACCAUCACAGCAAUACCAAUAACAACAAUAACAACGCCAGUGAACAUCCUCUGAGCAGUACCCUGAGAGGCGAUGUAGUAGACAGCAAGGCCACAGGACAGGAUCAGGCGGUAAAUGCCACGGGUCUUUUGGGGGGUGGCAACAACUACGAUGGCCAGAGUCUCGAAGGUAAUCUGGAGAAUGAAACCAAAUCCAUUUCAAGCAUGAAAUCCGGUGGUUCCAACAGUCAGGAUAGAUCCCCCAAAAUGCCAGGCUCUGGUUUGUUGGCCGGCGGCGGUGGCAGUGGCUCCGGCGAUGCCCAAGGACAGGAGCCCAUUCUGCCAGCCGUUUUGGAGUUUCCCGAAACGCAUCAGGAGCUGUUUUUGCGUCACAUCAUCAGCGAAUUGGAUGUGAAUGUGCCGCACUUUAAGCUGGCACCUGUCUAUUCGCUGUACCUGUGUGCCAGAUACCGCGCCUCCACCCACUACCGUCCAGAGCUGCAGCCCACGGAGCGGGCCCACAAGCUGACGAUGUUCCUGCACCAUGUGGCCAAUCUGGUGUACAGCGUCGUCCAGGAGCAGUACACUGAUCCGCGGAUCCUGGCCUUUUGGAUGGCCAACAGCUCGGAGUUCCUGCACUUCCUCAAGUCGGAUCGGCACAUCAGUGCGUUCAGUGUCCAGGCCCAGGAGGUGCUCGCGGAGGCAGUGCAGACGGCGUUCCGCAAUCUGGUCAACUGCUUCCGGCUGGAGCUCUCGCAGACACUGAAUCAGUUCCUCUCGGAGAACAUCGAUCACGAUUCGGCGGCGGGCCUGGUGCUCACGGUCCUGGGAUCCGCCAUGGCGCUGCUGCGUCGCUGUCGCGUCAAUGCGGCCCUGACCAUCCAGCUGUUCUCGCAGCUCUUCCACUACAUCAAUGUCAUAUGUUUCAAUACGAUCGUGGCCAACUCUCACAUGUGCACCGCCGACUGGGGCAAGGUGAUGACGGAGCGACUGCAGCUGCUGGAGCUGUGGGCGGAGCGUCAGGGCCUGGAGCUGGCCGCCGACUGCCACCUGGCGAAGAUCAACCAGUGCGCGCAGUUCCUGCAGGCGCCCAAGUCCUCGGUGGAGGAGAUCCAGCAGUUGGCCUGCUCCUGCUUCCGGCUGAACUCGCUGCAGAUGGGCGCCCUGCUGCAGCUGGAGAAGAUUCCGCGCAAUCUGGUGGACACGGCCAUACGCAUGGCCGAGUCCGUGGCCGAUGAGCUGACCCGCGCCGACGGACGGGAGGUGCGCCUCGAGGAGUCGCCCGAGCUGCACUUGGCCCUCCUCCUGCCCGACGAUGGCUUCAGCUGCGAUGUGGUCCGGGGCAUACCCACGGGCCUGGUCGACUUUCUCAAUCCCCUCCAGCAGCAGGGCAUGUGCCGACUGGCCGCCCAGCCCACAUCCAUUGGCCUCUGGACGGUCUACAUGCAUCAGUUCAAUGCUCGCAGCUCCAGUGCCAUGUCCAACAAGCUGCCGCAGCCCGAGCUGCAGCUCAUCAAGCUCCACAAGAACAGCAACGGCAUGGGCCUGUCCAUUGUGGCGGCCAAGGGCGCCGGCCAGGAGCGUCUGGGGAUCUACAUCAAGAGCGUGGUGCCCGGCGGAGCGGCGGAUGCCGAUGGCCGCCUGCAGGCGGGCGAUCAGCUGCUGCGCGUGGACGGCCAGAGUCUGAUCGGAAUCACCCAAGAGAGGGCUGCCGAUUAUCUGGUGAGGACCGGUCCGGUGGUCAGCCUGGAGGUGGCCAAGCAGGGGGCCAUCUACCAUGGACUGGCGACGCUGCUCCAGCAGCCCAGCCCCGUCAUCCAGCGUGGUAAUCGACGGAUGUCCGAAAGAGAUCUAACGCGAAUGGGCGCCGCCGAAUCAUCGAAAUCCCUGGGCGGCAUCGGUGGCCCACUGAUUGCCACCGGGCAUGCCAAUCACAGCCUCAGCCUCAGCCAGCACCUGAACAACAGCCACAACAUGAACAGCAGCAGCAGCAACAGCAAUAGCCACAACAGCAACAGCAACAGUAGCAUCAUCAAUCCGUUAACUGCACACCUUCCAAAUAGCAAAUCAGUGCCGGCCCUGCAUCAUCACACGGGAUCUGGUACCAUAUCUCUGGCCAAUUCCAAGUCACGCAGCACGCACAGUUUGCAUAACAAUACAUCCGCAGCCAUGGGUGGCAUCGGAGGAGGAGUGGGAGUGGGACCAGGAGUGGGAGCUGGAAUGUUGGGUCAACCAAAUGGCAGCCACAACAAUGCAAAUGGAAAUGGCGCUGGAAGUGGAAAUGGCAACGAGCAAGGAUUCUAUCAGAAUUUGAGCGUAUAUCGGGCACAAAAUCAAAGCCAACCGAUACUGAAUGAAAGACUGCCGAUGUCCACACAUGCCGCCAUGAACGCCUACAAUGGCAAUUCCCCGCUUGCACAGCAGCAGCCACAGCAGCCACAACCAUCACCCUACCAGCAGCAGCAGCUCCUCCAGAGCAAUGCUAAUCUGGCACCCACUCGACCCGUCUCCGCCUACUACCACAGCCAGCAAACGGCGCAGCAGCAACUCCAACAGCAGCAGCAACAGCAACAGCAGCAGCAGCAACACACGCUGCAACAGCAACAAUUUGCACACAGCAGCAGCAAUCUCAACGGCCAGCAGCAGCAGCAACAUCAGCAGGCGCAACACCAGCACCAGCUCACCCUCAACAAUCGCACCAAGAGCCAGCAGAAUUUCCAACACACCCUCCGCAUGCAGCAAAUGAUGGCUCCAUCGAUGCCCAAUAUCAGCAACAUGUACCACCAGCAACAGCAGCAGCAGCAGCAACAACAGCAACAGAUGCCACUGCAACAGCAACAGCAGUUGCAGCAGCAACCUCCCAUGAGCAGCAGCCAGAGCAUGCAGAAUGUCAACGAAUUCCAAGGGAGCUUCCAGAAUGGAGGCGGCCUGGAGUACCAGCAUGCCCGACGCAGUCAGAUCCAUGAGCCUGCCACACUCUACGAACUCCAGCAGCAACAAUUGCAACAACAGCAGCAGCAGCAGCAGCAACAGCCUUCGCCCAACUUCAUUGCGUUGCCACCCAAGCCUCUGGGCAGUCUUCAGUCACCCAACAAGCCGGCGGCUCCGCCCAGCACCGCGCCGAAGCCGCAGCAACAACAGCGAAUGUCGCAGACGGGCUACCUGCCCGGCCACGGCCCUGCCGGCGUGCUGGGCGAGGAUAAGCCACCGCUUCCGCCCACCGCCACGCAUCCGCUGUUCAAGGCCACGGCGCAACUGGCGCCCGGCAUGAACUACGUGGCAAGCACCCUGGACCCGCCGAAGGGCAGCUAUCUGCCGACGAAUCAGCAGGCGGCCAACAGACCACCCCUCCACAGCGGCAGCAAUCCGUGGGAGCGCGAGGAGCGAGAGAAGGACCUGGAGAUGAGACGCGAACACAUCCGCCAAUGGCGAGAGCAGCAGAUCUCCGAUCUGUCGCAGACAAUCUCCCGCUCCGGGCAGCAGGAGGAGCAGCUGAAAACACUCAUCCUCGAGCGGGACUUUGAGCGGCGAGCGCUGGAGCUGCAGGAGCAGGAGGACCAGGACCAGGAUCAGCAGUACGACAAGGAGAACAUCCAGGAGCUGUUUAGGCUGGCGGCCAGUGGGCAGGUCAGUGCCAUACAAACACCCAUCACUAGCUAUCGCCAGACGGAGAUCAAAAUGGCGGAGAUUACCGACAGCAGCAGCAGUCCCGUGGAGCAAGUGGCGGCCCAACCGCCUGCAAUGGCUCCGAUGACCGGCCACCAGCAGCAACAACAACAGCAGCACCAGCAGCAACAGCCCAAGAGCAUACUCAAGCAUAACCGAUACUCCGAGGGAGGAGCAGGCAGCAGUGGAGCCCCCUCCUCGCCAUCCAAGUCGCAAAAGUCGGCCAGCUUCGCAGACGACCGGCACCUGCAGACGGAGCAUCCCAUCUCCAGUCUGGCCAAGGAGCUGACGCAGCUGACGAUGCUGGACAAGGACAACAACAACGAGACCCUGGAUGCUGCAGUGCCUCCACCGCCGCCGCCAGAGCGGAACAGCUCUUACCUGAUAAUGUCGCAGCAGAAGAUCAGAGGCAGCAGCAGCUCCUCCAUGGGAUUGCUGAAGACAGCGACCAGCAAUCAGGCAGCGGCCGCCGUCGAGAUCAAGAAGGCAUCCCUCCUGAACACCCAAUCCAACAACAACAACAACAAUAGCUUGAGCGGAAACCUGAACAACAACAACAACAGCAGCAGCAUGCAGGCAUCGCCCCUCAGUGCCAUGGAACUGAAUGCCGCGUAUGUGUCUGCUACGGGAACGGGAAUGGUGGGAGCAUUGGGCACACCGCCCCCACCACCACCACUGCUGCAGCGGGACAACAAGCGGGUGAGCUUCCACGACGAGGAGAACAAUUUCGUGAGCGGGAACAGCCAGCAGCAACAGCAGCAGCAGCAGCAGCAGCAGCAAUACAUCAUAGAUAAUUAUGGCAUGGAGCAUCAGGAUUUGGACACGAUCAGAGAAGAUGCUAGUUAUCUGCAGCACAAUCUGGAUGCCUCCAUGCUGCCCUCCAUGCCGGCCACGCCAGAUGCGGCCCUCUGGAACACCUCAGUGCAAUCAACGCCCGGCGUGAUAGGCGCCCAAGAGGUGUACAGAGAUCCGCGUACGCGUCGCCUGGCCGAGAAGCAACAGCAGCAGCAGCAACAACGCGCUGGCGAUGCCGUUCCCGAGAAGCUCUCCUUCAAGGAGAAGAUGAAGAUGUUUGCUCUGGAGUCAGGGGAGGAUAACACGCCCAAGGAUAAGCUGAAGAUAUCCCGAGCCCAGCGAGACAUCGAUGCAGUGCACUGAGCAGCAGUAGCAGCAGCAGCAGUAGGAUGGGGGACCAGAACGAAUACAGAUCAUGUACAUACAGACACUUAGAAACCCGAACCCACAGAGCAUCUUACACUUCAAUUAAUUGGGGGGCCAAGUUGUUUCGUUAGCUCUACUUAGAUACAUACACACACACACACACACAUAGAAAUAUAUAUUUAGAUCGAGUUAUAUAUCAGAUAGCGAGAAAACAGAAACAAACCUAACGAAUUUGCUAGGCAAGGCAAUAAACAAUCCAUAGUUAUCGCGUUCCAGAGUUGAUUACAUACCACAAAAUGUUAACUGGAUUCAAUUAGUGAGAAUUAUCAGUGUUUAUCAUUACUUAGUAUAGUACUAUAUAUACCCCUGUUUAUAUAUACGAAACUAUGCAUAUAUACUGU